AUGGCGAUCUGUGCUUAUAACGCACGUACGCUUGCAUCGGAAGCGGCCAUCGAAGAUCUGAUGAAGCAAGCCAAGAAGAUCAAUAGAGGUGUUGGUGGAGUUGGCGUCCUCGUCAACACGAAUAUUGCAAAGAACAUCGACUCUUUCGAACAACUUACGACCCGUAUCGGACGUCUGCGGAUGAGAAGAUGUGGUCCAGCACCAGCCUUGGCUAUCUUCGUCGCUUACGCUCCAACAUCAAGCUACGAAGAAGAAGUGGACGCUUUCUAUAUGGACCUGGAGAAGUUCUACCGAGAAAAUCACGCCUUCUAUAAGGUCAUAAUUGGCGAUUUCAACACCAAAGUUGGCCCAAGAAGAACGCCGGAGGAACUUCACAUCGGUACCCACGACCUACAAUGGAAUGACCAGGGAGAGAGGCUCUCCGAGUUCAUCAUGACGACUAAGACCAUCCAUGGGAACUCGCAAUUUCAGAAGCCCUCUUCUUUACGCUGGACGUGGGAGUCACCCGGUGGAGGGUACCGUAAUGAAAUAGACCAUAUCAUCGUCAAUAGAAGGUUCUGCCUGACGGACGUCGGUGUUGUACCAAAGUUCUAUACGGGAUCAGACCAUCGCCUCCUCCGAGGAAGAUUUUCCUUCACAAGGAGAGCAGAGAAAGCCGCCAAGUUCAGAGAGAGAAAUCCCAGGACUACCAUCAACUGGGAUCUCUUCGCUACGCUAGCCUGCUUUUGGGAAGAUUCUGCAAUGGACAACAUCGACGAGGAAUAUGACCGGCUUGUCGAACACCUUCACGACUGCGCGAAGAAGGCUGAGAGUUUUAAAACCACCAGGAGGCGAUUGUCUCUUGAAACUCUUGAGCUGAUACGCCAGCGUGGAGCAGCACGAGCCGCAGGGAACCAAGAACUCACGUCCGAGCUCGCAAGGCUUUGCCGAGAGGCGAUAAAGGAAGACCUUAAAGAGAGAAGAGCAGAAGUGCUGGCUGAAGCUGCAGAGGCGUGGAAAAGCAUCCGCUAUGCCCGUCGAGACUUCGCCAGUCGCAAGACGAGGAUGACUGCUCUCCAGAACCCAAAGGGAACAGCCAUUGCAUCGAGAAGGGGGGAUGGAGAAAAUCAUCUACGACUUCUACUCUGA